ACAAUAACUUGGACAAGAAUUUUUGUUGCACGAGAAACCAAUACGGCGACGUGUUGCCUUGUCAUCUUCAUCACUUUUAUCAUGCCUCACCGAAAAAAUCAACUAAACCCAGACAGUAAAAUAGAGAUUUUGGGUUUGCUAGCUUGUUAAAUAGGCGGUAAUGCGAUAUAUACAAAACACACACGAUUCUCAAUUUCUUGAUAAGACGAGCUCCUCUUUUCCACUGAAAGAAAAAUUAAUUUAGAAGUUAUGUUUUCUUCACGCCUUCUCUUCUCCUCGUUGAGAAAUCGCUCUGCAGUAAUUUCAAAUUCACUUGCGCGGUUUGAUUGUUCAAAGAGAUUUCAUAGUUCAAGAUACUUAAGAUCAGUUAGACAAACUAAUCAACAUCUGAUGGGCACCACGACACAAAGGACUCAGUCAGGGUCAUGGACAUCCUAUGUUAUUCCACCUAUAAUUCUAGGUGGAAUCGGUGGCGUUGCAUAUCUCAUCCACUAUAAUGAUGAGAGAAGAGUCAUAUUGAAAGGAGAUGCAGUGAAUUGUGGAAUAAAUUCGACCAAGGGACCGGUAAUUGGCGGUCCUUUUAAUCUAAUUGAUACUGAGGGCCGAUCUAUUUCUGAACAUAACCUUCUUGGAAACUGGGUUCUUCUCUACUUUGGUUAUACAUCCUCUCCUGAUGUUGGGCCAGCAGAAGUAGAAAAAAUGUCAAAGGCUGUCAAUAUAUUAGAGUCCAAACAAGAUCUGAAGGUUCUUCCAGUGUUUGUUACUAUUGAUCCACAACGUGACAACCCUUCACAACUUCGUGCUUAUCUGAAAGAAUUUGACUCAAGAAUCGUGGGACUGACGGGAUCAGUUGCUGCUAUAAAAGAUAUGGCACGGGAAUACAGAGUAUACUACAAGAAGGUGGAAGAGGAUGGAGAUGACUACCUUGUUGAUUCAUCUCACAACAUGUAUCUGAUGAACCCAAAACUUAAAGUAUUAAGGUGCUUUGGGCUAGAGUAUAGUGCAGAUGAACUAUCGGAGUCUAUUCUUAAGGAAAUGAAGUCAGACGGAAUUUAAUAGAUGCAUAUUGAGAUACAAGCAUUUGGAAUUUUGACAUGAGUUCUACUGAUACCGCUGGAAAGAAAGCCUACCCAUUUACACUGAUGUUUCACAUGAUUAGAAACUAUGCAAUACUUUCUUGUUAACCAUAUGAGGUUUUAAGUGCAAGUUUUUGUUUUUAAUUACAUAUGCACUUGCACUGCAUCUGGUUGGAGGAAUGAAAUGGACACUUGUGCCUGGUUUUUCGUUCAUCCUCCAUUUUAUUUGAAAAUUAAAAUUAGAUUUCUAACUUUCAGUUUACAGAUAAAUGUUUGUCUUCUUCUAUCACAGCCUUCACAAUUCUUAUUGUAAAUAUAUAUAUUUGGGCAAUGUAUUACUCCUA